GACAUGCAGUGCGCCAACAAGUGUCUGCGCGAUCCCGUCUUCUACCGCUGCAAGACAGACACGCCCCACCACAAGCAUGGCUUCAAGUACAAGGCCUACCCCACGUACGACUUUGCCUGCCCAGUGGUGGAUGCACUCGAGGGCGUCACGCAUGCUCUUCGAACCAUCGAGUACAAAGAUCGUGCGCCAAUGUACGAGUGGGUGCUCGAAGCCACCGGGUCUCGCAAGGUCGAGAUGGUGGAGUUUGCCAAAACGCAGUUCUCCUACACCAUCCUAUCGAAGCGGAAGCUGACCUGGUUCGUGGAGAACGGCUACGUCGAUGGUUGGGAUGACCCUCGCUUCCCCACUGUUCAGGGCGUCAUGCGCCGUGGAAUGACCGUGGAAGCCCUCCAAGACUUUGUCUUGACCCAAGGCAUGUCGAAGGCCACGAACAUGAUGGAGUGGGACAAGAUCUGGGCCAUCAACAAGCAGAAGAUCGAUCCGAUCGUGCCUCGCUACCCUGCUGUAGCAGAGGACGCGGCCUGGCUCAAGCUGGACGGUCCGGCGGAGCCCACGACGAAGAUGGAGAAGAAGCAUCCGAAGAACGAUGAGCUGGGCGAGCGAUUGCUCAUCCACUCAAAAGACGUCUACAUCGAGCAGGAGGAUGCCCAAGCCAUCGAGUCCGGUGAGCAAGUCACGCUGCUUCAUUGGGGCAACGCCUACGUGGACAAGAUCACUCGUGACAAGAGUGGCAAGGUGACCGAGCUCGUUGGAAGACUCAACUUGGAGGGCAACGUGAAGGACACGAAGAAGAAGAUCCAUUGG